AUGAUUUUUCGAAUGAGCGCAAGUCGAAACGAAGGUAUUAGUAAUUCACACGUUGGAACGUAUUUGUCAGUUCAGAUGAGCGAGUCUGUGAAAGUGGCCGUAAGAUGUCGGCCGAUGAAUGCUCGAGAGUUGCAACAGGGAUGCAGGAAUGUGGUAAUAAUCGAUCCUCCAUCAAAAUGUUGCACUCUCGAGUGUCCAGCUGCUGGUACUGGAAAUGGCAAGGUGUACCAGUUCGAUGCUGCCUUCAAUCCCGAGGCUAGCACCGAGUCAGUCUACGAUAAUGUCGGCUCUGUCAUUGUAGAAGCUGUCCUAGAUGGCUAUAAUGGCACCGUAUUUGCUUAUGGACAAACAGGUUGCGGGAAAUCGCACACGAUGCGAGGAUUCAUCGAACGCACUUUGGAUCACAUUUUUGAGGCAACAUCGACAGCCAGUGCGGAAAUGAGAUAUCUAGCUUUACUCAGUUAUUUGGAAAUUUACAACGAACGAUUAAGAGAUCUUUUACAAGAUGGGAUGAGCAAUAUGUUGACUUUGAAGGAAGAUCCCAAUCGUGGAACAUACGUAGCUGGUGGUUUAAAGGAAAUUACGGUAAAGGAUGCGGCGGAAUGUGCUCGAUUGGUUGAACAGGGUGAUAGAAGAAGAGCUGCUGCGGCUACUAAAAUGAAUGCAGCUAGUUCUAGAAGUCACGCUGUACUGACUUUAUCUUUGGAAACAUUAGCUAUUAACGAAGAAGAUAGUAAAGCUGAGAAUACAGUGAAAAGAGGAAGACUUCAUCUGGUGGAUCUAGCUGGAUCUGAAAGACAGGCUAGGACUGGAGCUACUGGGGAUAGAUUAAAAGAAGCAGCCAGUAUUAAUUUAAGCCUAUCUGCUUUAGGAAAUGUGAUCAGUGCUUUGGCUGCUGGUCAUGGAAGACAUGUGCCAUAUAGAGAUAGUAAAUUGACAAGACUAUUAAGGGAUAGCCUUGGUGGAAACGCAAGAACGUUAAUGAUAGCCUGUAUAAGUCCAAGUGAUGUGGAUGCAGAGGAGACAUUGAGUACCUUACGGUAUGCAGCUAGAGCUCGAUGCAUCAAAAAUAAACCUGUAAUCAAUGAAGAUCCAAAAGAUGCAUUAUUAAGACAGUAUCAAUUAGAAUUGCAACGUUUAAGGAAAUUACUUGAGAUAGGUGAUCAUUCGUUAAUAAAAGAACCUUUUAUUAAGCAAGAAAUUGACGAUGAAAAAAUGAUCAAGCAAAAAGAAUACGCGGAAGAAAUGGAAAAAUUGAAAAAACAAUGUGAACAUUCGAAUUUAUCUGCUCAAAAACUUCGAAAAGAAUUGAAGGCUUUGAAGAUUUGUAAUGGAACUGGUACUGUUGAUAACACGAGUUUAAAACUUGUUUCUCAGCAACCAAUGGACGAACAGGACUUAGAACGCGAGGAAAGGCGAAGGAAGAAACGAGAAACUGCUAUGCAAGAAGUGCUGAAAAGGUUGGAGAAAUUAACUAUCGGAGGAGAAGAGCAAGGUAAUACGGAAUUGCAAAGGCGAAGGGAGAAAAGGAGAAAAAAACUCGAAACUCUUGCUUCGGCACUCGAAACGAGUGCUCAGGAAGGAAAUGGAUGCGUCUUCCAAGUCUAUGGUCAGCUUAGAUCCACAGAAGAUGCUUUGAAACGUAUGGCAAAACGAGUGAAACAAUUAGAAAUGGAAGCAGCAGAUCUUCAAGCUUCUUGGGAUGCGGAGCGACGCGAUCUUCUACGCAGAGAGCUUCUCAUAUCUCAAAUAUGCGACGCGAUGGUUCCUCAUCUUCGACCCGGAUGUCCAUUUCGAGAUGUUACUGCUGUCAGAUCUGCAGCUACUUGGUGCGAUGAGUUGAAUCGUUGGAGGCUACCGGAUGUAUCGCCGCAUAUUUCCCUUCCUCCAGCAUCGUUAAUACCUAAAGAUAAUAUACAAUAUAAUAUAUUGUCUUCCAAAUCUGAUCUCAACAAUAAUAAUAAUAAUAGCAAAGAUAAUGAGAAUGAAAUUGAAAAUGAAGCUAAUAAUGAGGAGAAUAAUGAACAAGAAGAGAUUAAAAAACCGGAUAUCGUCGAUACAUACUUUCGACGAAAUAGAAUCGACAAAUUGUUAGCUCAUGUCAGGGAAGCAAAAACUUUUGAACUCGGCAGCAGAUUGAGUAAAUCAGGCGGUUCCGAGGACAUCAUUCCGCUUGGAGGCAAUCAUCUUCAACUGAAUGCGUUGAAUUUGCAAACUAGUGCGCAAAUGAUAAGUGAUUUGAAUAGUUACAGACCUAGUCAACGUUUAUCGACUGGACGAAUUAGUCGACCAGGUUGGAUGUUGGAAGAAAAUUCAACAAAUAAAAUUUCUUUUGUCAAUCAGACGAUAAAACGAAAUCCGCCGCGAAUUUUGGAAGCUUUGCCCUUGUAUCCACAAGGUACAAAUGGCAUCUUUAAAAACAAAUCCAUCUCAGAGAAGAUAUCUGAUAAACUUUCGUCGAGAUUCAUUCACAACGAAGUGAAUGAUAAUCAUUCAACAUUAAUUGAACAUGCUCGUUCCCCUAUGUAUUGAAAUUAAAAGUGCAAAAGCGAUGAUAAUCGGGGACAACGGACUGGGAUGAUAUCGUGAGAGACUGUGAUUAAGGAAACAGCUUUUAAAACUUGUGUCAACACAAUGGAAUAAAUGUUCUGCCAGUUUUCGUACUUGGACAACAUAGAUCGCGUGUGAAUUGCUUUUCGUUAUAAGAAGAUAGCUAUUUAAUGAAUAGUUCUUGAUCUCCAAUGUUUCUUAACGCUUAUUUAAUUAUAUUGUUCCAUAGAAGUUCAAAAAUAUUUUUAAAACAUAGAACUUCGAAAAUUAUUAUCCUGAAUCAAGAUAUCAAAGAUUUAUUUUUUCUUAUUUUUAAAAUAUUACUUUAUUUUGUAUAUAUUCAGAGAUUAAUAGUUGAUAUUAUAUAAUUUUGAUUUAUCUUUUUGCAUGGAAAAAUUUUUUAUUUUAAAUUAAAUAUUAUUGAAAAAUAUAAUUUAAAAAUAAUAA